CUCGUUCUUAGUUCUCCACGGCAAUCGACUCCGCUUGGUCGAAUUGCAUUCAGAGGACACCACUCUCGAGGUCAUCAGACCUAAUCUCGUUCUAGGACGGCCGUCCCGACUUGGGCCUGGCCGUGGCUCGUGGCAGCCUCAUGCAGGUAGACCGCACAAUCGAAAUCCGAGGGGAAGAGAGGGUAGUGAGACAGCAGCGGAAGAAUCACAUCCGCGGGAUACUGCUAAUCAGCCAGCUGUUGAGAAAGGGUACCACCGAGGCAGCUGGAAAACCUGUGCAAUCUGUGGUUGCUGAUGAAGUUGAGCUCCUCGAAAAGGGUAGAGAGCACGUUGAAGGCAUCCGAGAGAGAGCAUCGAAACGCGGGAAACGACAGCCUGCUGCUGCUGCUGCUGCUUCAUCUGCUGCGGCGAAGAAGGCGAAGCGCAAGGGGGCGGACGCAGCUCUCUCCGACCCUCUAGCAUUGGCUCAUGAUGGCGGGACUAGACGUGGUGCUACCUCAGAUACUUCGCGGGAGGAAGCGGUUGCGGAGGAGCGUCGCUCUAGCGCGAUGGAUUUGAUGCAGAACGACCCCGUGUUGAUGGAGCGAGUACGGGCCAUGCUGGAUGCUGUCGCGGCAGAGCAGGCAGCAGCUAAGGUGGCUGCGAUCGACGCGGUCAACACUCGUGCACUCUGCGCGUCGAUGCAAGCGGUGAAGCAGCACUGCAACAGCUUGAUAGGAUGCACAUUGUACAACACGAACCACGACAUCGCCCCCAAGAUCGCUGCGAGUGAGGGAUGCUACGUGUACAACGAGCACAAGACACGGAGUGACGUGACGAAUCCCGGGAACAGAGGAGGAGCAGGGGGAGGUGCAGGAUACCUGAAGUCUUGUGUGGGGGUGCAGACAGACGAUUUUGUGGUGGGAGCGGCCGGAGACAAGGUGUUGACGGCUAGGAAGUGGGCGGUAGACGAGUCCAGGGCGAGGAAAUGGGCCGCCCGCAAAAAGUUCACCAGAUCUUGGAAGUUGCGGGUUCGGGGCGCAUCGUGCUACUGCUCGACUUGCCGAAUAGGCUGCUACGAUGACUGCAUGGUAGCGAAGGUGUACCCCGACUUGGUUGGCGAGAAGUCGGGAAAAGAGAUGGUUGGGAGACGCACGCUUGGGACUCAAUUGACCGGCGUUAUUCUUCCGGUCAUAUCUUCGGACGAGUCCCCAGUGGCGCCUACGCUUGACGAGAGCAUGGGGGAGGAGGAGGAGGAGGAGGGGGAGGAGGAGGGGGAGCGGGAGGAAGCGCAAUACGUAAGCUCAAGAGGUCGCGUAAGUAUCGCGAAGAAGAGGUUCCCGGAGGUGGGCUAG